AUGCCCAGCCUGCUGCAGCUCUCCAGACAAAGUAAGCAUAUUGUCCACCUUCCUCGCUCCCUUCAAGUACCUAAGUCCUGGCACCACAAACACAUCCUGUCCCCCUUCCUCGCUCCCUUCAAGUACCUAAGUCCUGGCACCACAAACACGGAGGAUGAAGACAAUCUAAGUACCAGCAGUGCUGAAGUGAAGGAAAACCGAAAUGUGAGCAACCUGGGAACUAGGCCUCUGCCCCCUGGAGACUGGGCCAGAGGCAGCACGCCCAGCAUUAAAAGGAAAAGGCCCCUGGAGGAAGGAAAUGCGGGGCAUUUCUGCAAACUCCAGCUGAUCUGGAAGAAGCUCUCCUGGUCUAUGACACCCAAGAAUGCCCUGGUCCAGCUGCAUGAACUGAAGCCGGGUCUUCAGUACCGGAUGGUGUCACAGACUGGCCCAGUGCACGCCCCAGUCUUCGCAGUGGCUGUAGAAGUGAACGGACUCACGUUUGAAGGCACAGGACCCACUAAGAAGAAAGCCAAGAUGCGGGCAGCAGAGAUGGCCCUGAAGUCUUUCGUGCAGUUCCCCAAUGCAUUCCAGGCCCACCUGGCCAUGGGCAGCAGUACCAGUUCAUGCACUGACUUCACCUCUGACCAGGCUGACUUCCCAGACACUUUGUUCAAGGAGUUUGAACCAUCCUCAAGAAAUGAGGACUUCCCGGGCUGUCAUCCCGUCGACACUGAAUUUCUGUCCUCCGCCUAUCGGCGGGGACGCCUGCUCUGCCACACACUGGACCUCAUGGGCCAGACUCUGCCUGACAGGUCCAGGCUGACCCCUGGGGCCCUGGGUGAGAGGAACCCUGUAGUGGUGCUGAAUGAAUUGCGCUCAGGUCUGCGGUAUGUGUGCCUCUCGGAAACAGCCGAGAAGCCCCGAGUCAAGAGUUUUGUCAUGGCUGUGUGCGUGGACGGGAGGACGUUCGAAGGCUCUGGACGCAGCAAGAAGCUGGCCAAGGGCCAGGCAGCACAAGCUGCCUUGCAGGCCCUCUUCGACAUCCGGCUGCCUGGCCACACGCCCAGCAGGAGUAAAAGCAACCUCUUGCCACAGGACUUUGCAGACCCUGUGUCCCAGCUGGUCACACAGAAGUUCCGUGAACUGACAGUCGGUCUGACAUCUGUGUAUGCCCGCCACAAAACACUGGCAGGAAUCGUCAUGACAAAAGGCUUGGACACCAAACAAGCGCAGGUCAUCGUCCUGUCCUCUGGAACCAAGUGUAUCAGCGGUGAGCACAUCAGUGACCAGGGGCUUGUUGUCAACGACUGCCACGCUGAAAUUGUGGCCAGGCGGGCAUUUCUUCACUUCCUCUACACUCAGCUGGAGCUGCACUUGAGCAAGCAUCGAGAGGACUCCGAGAAAUCAAUAUUUAUUCGUUUAAAGGAAGGAGGCUACAGGCUUCGAGAAAACAUCCUCUUCCAUCUCUAUGUGAGCACGUCCCCCUGCGGAGAUGCCAGACUCAACUCUCCCUACGAAAUCACCACAGAUUUGAACAGCACCAAACACAUCGUUAGGAAGUUCCGAGGCCACCUGCGUACCAAGAUUGAGUCUGGGGAAGGGACAGUCCCUGUUCGGGGCCCCAGUGCAGUCCAGACGUGGGAUGGCAUCCUGCUGGGGGAGCAGCUAGUCACCAUGUCCUGCACAGACAAGAUUGCCAGCUGGAAUGUGCUGGGACUACAAGGAGCUCUCCUCUGUCACUUCAUCGAGCCUGUGUACCUCCAUAGCAUCAUUGUGGGAAGUCUGCACCACACGGGUCACCUUGCACGGGUCAUGAGCCACAGGAUGGAGAGCAUCGGCCAGCUGCCUGCCUCAUACCGGCAAAACAGGCCUCUCCUUAGUGGCGUGAGUAACGCCGAGGCUCGGCAGCCAGGAAAGUCUCCCCACUUCAGUGCCAACUGGAUCGUGGGCAGUGCCGACCUGGAGAUCAUUAAUGCCACAACUGGCAAGAGAAGCUGUGGGGGCUCAUCCCGGCUCUGCAAGCACGUGUUUUCUGCUCGGUGGGCACGGCUGCAUGGUAGGCUAAGCACUCGGAUCCCCAGCCAUGGAGACACACCGUCCAUGUACUGUGAGGCCAAGCUGGGGGCUUACACCUACCAAUCUGUUAAACAGCAGCUCUUCAAGGCUUUUCAGAAAGCUGGUCUUGGCACCUGGGUGAGAAAACCACCAGAGCAAGAUCAGUUUCUACUAAGUCUCUAA